AUGAGGGAUUGGAUCAGGGACUACUUGGGACCAAGUCUGGAGGCCGCAGGAUACGGCAGGCUCAAGAUGAUGGCUUGUGACUUCAACCGCUACACUUUGCCGUAUUACGUCGAGCCUUGCUUCGCGGACCCCGACUGCAGCAAGUACGUGGACGGCGUGGCCGUUCACUGGUACUCAGACGAUGUCGACUCUCCUGACGUUCUCCUCGCGACCAGAGAUUUGGACCCGUCCAAGUUCAUCCUCUACAGCGAGGCUUGCAAUGGCUUGCGGGUGCCAACGGAAGAAGCAAUUCAGUUAGGAGAUUGGACGCGCGGCGAACGAUACCUCUACAACAUUCUAGAGACCGCCGACGAGUUCUACAAGCAGCCGAUGUUCUACGCGCUGGCGCACGUGAGCAAGUUCUUCAAGCGCGGAGACCUUCGGUUCAUGGCUCGAAUAGGGCAGCCUCGAUCUGGGCUGCUGGCUAGCUCGAUCGAUAUGACUCGGCUCGGCCAACCCUAG